CCCUUUAAAAUCACAGAAGACCUCCUUCAGGACAUCAAAGUAGAGUGGAAACAUCAAAAUAUCAUCGUCCAUGUGUAUCAGAAUAGCCAAAACCAGUCUCUCUUAAUGGACGAGGAUUAUAAAGGCCGCACAGAGAUGAAUGAAGGGCCUCUGAAAAAUAAAGACCUCAGUCUGACCCUGAAAGGCCUCCAACUUAGUGACCGUGGUGGCUACACCUGCACCGUCUACAACAAGGAUGGCAGCAUCCUGCUACAGAAAGUAGUGACACUCAGUGUCAGAGGAUACCAGACAGAGAUGGUGGAGGUGAUGGAGGGAGAGGGGUCUGUCCUGCUGCCUUUUAAAAUCACAGGUGACCUUCCACGUGACAUCAAAGCAGAGUGGAGACUCACUCACCCUGAAGAAAAGAUGGUCCAUGUGUAUGAGAGUGGAAACAACCUCUCAGAUGAAGACGACCAGGAGCAGGUUUACAGUAGCCGCACAGAGAUGAAUGAAGAUCCAGUGACUACUAAAGACCUCAGUCUGAUCCUGAAAGACCUCCACCUCACUGACAGUGGAGUCUACACCUGCACCGUCUACAACAAGUAUGGACACAUGCUGCUACAGAAAUCAGUGACUCUCAGUGUCAGAGAUAGAAAGUCUGACAUUAAGGUUGAAGAUGGGGGACACAUCUGACACAGGAGAAAAUUAACCAACAAGAGGAAUCCACCAUUGAUCGAGCUUCCUCUUAGUCAUGCCCUCUUCCUCCCUCCUCCUCUCUGUUCCUCUUGUUUUUCAUCUGUUGUUAAAGUUGGUGUGAAAUGUUAAAUGUGGAGGUGACUGACAUGAUGUGAAUGUUACAGUAUUACACUACAAAUCCUUCCUAAAAGUAUGAUGUAAAUAAACAAACUCGAGUGCAUGUGUAACACAAUAAGAUGGAGCAUAAGUAGAAGGCACUAUGGGUCACCACGUGCUGUUUGUAUGUGUGCGUUUUUGUUACAAAACACAUUUAAAAAUGUCUGCAGCCCCCGAAGACUACUAAAGACUCAUCUCCAUGACAACAGCGUGUCCACCACUGCAGCUCUCCUCUGAUAAACCCUGAGCUCCACCUGAGUCUCCAUCCUGAGGACCUCCUUCAGCCUCCUCAUGUCGAUCCGAACUAAAACAAACACAUCAGUGAACCCUGAGCUGGAUUCAUUUAUUAGAAGCAGCUGACCCAACAUAAUACUAACAUAAAUGAUCCUAAAGUAAUCCUGUAACAGACAUUACUGCUGCAGGCUGAUUAUACAGAACCUCAAACACACUCUGAUCUGAUCUAUUUAAAAUUAUGAAAACUUCUUGUGGGUCAAAGGUCAAAGCUGCUGACUGUCAGGAACCAUCAGAGUUUCAGAGAAGAUCAGCUUUUAAUAAACAGCAGAGAAGAAUAUUAUG